AUGGCAGAGGCUACGAUAAUGGUGUUAAAGGACGUUGAUCUAGGAUGUAAACGCUGUCACAAGAACAUCAAGAAACUGCUCAAUAAAAUUCCUGACUGGACUUUCUUUGAGAAGGAAAACACUGUGAUGAUCAAAGUGGUAUCCAGCUUCUCCGAGAAUAUCAAAAAGCAGCUUCUCAGUGAAGGUGGCGAAACCAUCAAGAAGAUCGAGGUACUCGAGAAAAAACCUAAACCUCUAGCAGAUAAGCCAAAAGGGGCUGAUCAGAAGCCCAAGCCUAAGCCUGAGGAAAAACCACCAACUCCUUGCCCACCAUUCUAUCCAACUGGGGUGUGCUGUAAGCCAUGCUCUGAGGGGCGUGGUGGUGGUUGCCACUGUGAAAUCUUUAGUGAAGAAAAUCCCACAUGCACCAUCCUGUGA